AUGGUUGAGUAUGGCUGGAGCUUCACCACGGCUUCAAAAAUGCUGUAUGAAUUUUGGUACAAUGUGGUCAAGGCACACUAUGGCAAAAGAGCACAGUUGGUGCAUACAGACACUAGCAGCUAUAUCUUCACACUCGAGUGUGAAGAUGUCUAUAAUGAGCUAGGAUCGGAACCUCUCAAGUCUUGCAUGGACUACUCAAAAUUUUCCAAAGAUCACCCACUGUUUGAUGACAGUUUUAAAGGGGUCCCAGGGCGUUUGAAAUCUGUGACAGGUGAAAGACUCAUUUCUGAAGUUGUGGCAUUAAAACCUAAAAUGUUUUCCAUGAUGAUAGAGGAGAGAUCUGGACCCAACGAAACCAAAGAGACCUUUGAUGGUGAGAUAGAGGAGAGAUCUGGACCCAACGAAACCAUAGAGACCGUUGAUGAUGAGAUUGAGGAGAGAUCUGUACCCAACAAAACCUUAGAGACCUUUGAUGGUGAUACAGUAGAGGAAAGGUUUCAACCCAUCAUUGCUCCCUGUAAUACAAGGUCUCAGUGGGAGAGAACUCUUGCCAAAACAGCAUUCAACUGCCUCUUUAAGCCUCGCCAGGAUCUUCCAGGUUCUGGCAAACAUUCUUCGUUGAAACGAUCAUUCACCCUCAAACCAACGCUUCCUGCAGAGACGCUCCUUGCACACAAUGAGGAUAGAGACACACGACUUAAGGCCAUAAUGAGAAGGAUGAAGAGAUCCAGCAGCGAGCCACCAGUGAGCACACGUGGGUACCAAGACAAUAACAUCACCACCUCUCCAUCUCCAAUUAUCAGGGGCGGUUUCCACCUAUGUUACGCAUCUUUCCUGAAGUUUAUGUACAACUUAAAGGAAACAGUGCCGAAGGAGAGCCCAUUGUGCAACAUCAAAAUCAAUAUUCGUGAUGUGACUUUAGAAGACAUUACUGAUCUCGUCAAAUCAUGGAUAAAUGUUAUAGCUACUGGACUGGAGAAGCAGCUCUCUGAAGUUGAAGUGUCUGGAAUCACAGUGCAGGGUGUCACUAGCUUUCAUAUGAAUUUUAUGGUUGUUCAACAUCCUAUUCGCUUAGGAACAUAUGUCCCUUAUCCAACUAUUAGAGGCAAACAAUGUAUUUUAAAUCCUAAAAGUGCCAGUUCGUCAUGCUUAAUCCAGUGCAUUUGUGCAUAUUUGUGUCUCUCUAGUGGCAAGAACUUGGGCGUUGUUCGGACCAUAAUUAAAAUAGAAAGCAGGUGUAGAAAAUAUAUAAAGACUGAUAACUUAGAUUUGCCUUUAUCAUGGGAAAAUCUCUCUAAAAUUGAAACCUUAAAUAAAGUCAGUAUAUUUAUAUAUUUACUUGUCAAAAGCAGUGGUAAAUAUAGUAUCAGUUUGGCUAGGAAAGGUCAUGCUGCCUAUAGGGAUAAAAUUGUUCCACUAUUGUUAUUAGAAGACAAACACGUGGCUCUUAUCAAGGACUUUAAUCAAUAUAUUAAAAACAUGAAGAGCAACCAGAUGAGAGAGGGGAAAAAUCCUAUUUAUUGUCACAUCUGCUUAAUGCAGAUAUACAAUAAGCAACAGUUUUCUAUACAUGAAGAAAAAUGUGAUGCUCAACAAACUCUAGAGUUGCAUCCCCCGGACACUACAAUAAAAUUUAGAAGACGGUAUUCCCCAUACAGUCCAUCUCAUGUAGGCUUUUAUAGCUUUGAGUGUUUACUAAACAAAACGGACUCCCAAGGCAUGACAGAGAUGAGCCAUAGGGCUGUGGCUUAUUCAUAUAUUAUUAUAGACAGACAUGGGUCUGUUGCAGACAAAUCCUCCUACUGUGGUCCUGAUGCAGUUAAUCACUUUGUCAGUAAAGUGCAAACGACUUGGAAGCGCUUAAAGGCUCAGCUGCGCACUUAUCCUGUACACAUGACAAACAAAUCCCAGAAACUGUAUCGUGCUCAAACUACAUGCGGUUUUUGCCUGAAUGACUUUAAGAAUCCAAAAGACAAGUAUCGUCAUCAUAAGUACAAUGAAGAGUACGAUAACUUUUUAACUGCCUAUUGCCUUAAAUGCAAGUUUGAAUGUUUGGUUGCUAACCGUUUUCUUAAUAUGUUUUCAUGUGAUACUUCAAAUGACUUUGGAAUUAUUCUCGCAGAAUUGGCUUUAGAGCCGCAGAGAGAGAUUUUAGUUCAGUCUACCCAGGAAUUUAAAUUGAUGAAAGUAAGCAUUGAUAAUAAUAUUUGCCUCGUGAAUAGCCUAUAUCUCUUGAAGGGUAACUUAGCCAACUUGGCAGAGAAGCAUGUUAAAGAUGGUAAAUCAUUAAAGUACACUCAUAUGAUGAUGGAUGAAGUUUCCAGCAAGGCUAAAACAAUUGUGUUAAGUAAAAAGCUUUUUUUCUGCAAUGACUAUGUUUCUAACAUUGAUUGUUUAAAAGAGGAACAACUCCCUCCUAUUGAAGCUUUUAACAGUCACUUAAAUGAUAGCCAGCUAUCCUCAGAGGAUUAUGAUCAUGCACAACGUGUCUAUGAACUUGGAGGUUGUAAAUGCCUUGGAGACUACUUACAACUAUAUUUGAAAGUUAACACUGGUCUAUUAUGUGAUGUCUUCACAAGCUGGUUAAAUGAUAGCCAGCUAUCCUCAGAGGAUUAUGAUCAUGCACAACGUGUCUAUGAACUUGGAGGUUGUAAAUGCCUUGGAGACUACUUACAACUAUAUUUGAAAGUUAACACUGGUCUAUUAUGUGAUGUCUUCACAAGCUGGAGAAAGACUUUGAUUGAUCUUUAUCAGCUAGAUGUCGCAUAUUAUGAAUCUUUGUCUAGCUUUGCCUGGGAUGCUUUGCUUUUGAACAGUAAAGUUGAAUUUGAUGCUAUUCACGAUUAUGAAUUAUAUGAUCUCAUACAAGGUAAUCUGAAAGAGGAUUUUACCAGUGUAGUAAAACAGUAUUCACAAGCAGACAAUAUACACCUAAAUCCACAGUUUAACUCUGCAGUUGGAAAGUAUAUCGUAUAUUUGGAAUUCAAUAAUCUGUAUUUUACAUGUAUGAUGGAAAAGUUGCCCCGAGGCGAUAUACAUAAAUUGCCUGAGGAUGAAAAAGAACUUUUUGUAGAAAAGGGACUAGAAAAUCAUUCCUGUAAGUCUAUCAAAGGGUAUUGGAUUCUUUGUGACACAAAGCAAGUAAGUCCUCGUGUAGCCCAGGAAACAGAUGAACUACCAUUAGUUUUGGCCCAUAGAAAUGUUCAGAGAGAAAUUAUCUCUGAAUACAGUAAUAGAAUUCUUGAGUUUAACAGCUGUGAAUUACCGAAGUCAAACAAAAAGUUAGUGGCCUCACAUCUACCACAGAAGAAUUAUUUAGUUAGCUUAGAUUUACUGCAACUUUUGAUGAAACUUGGCUUGGAAGUUGAAUGUGUUCAUGCCGUGUAUGAAUUCUCCAAGCUGGAAGUUUUAGAGAACUUUAAUACUAAUAUUAAUCAACGGAUUGAAGCCACUGAUAAAGAAAAAUGUUCAGCCUUAAAUUAUGUAAAUAGUCUAAUCUUUGAUAAGUCAUUAAUGAACAUAAACAAAUACUCUGAUUGCCACGAUUUCGUUAUAAAUGAAAAUAAAUUUUUAAAGUUUGCUCGUAAUCCUUGUACAAAAUGGGUUACACCUGUAAGUCAGGAUCGAAUGAUUUGUACAAAGAGUAUGAAGAAACAUAUCAUUGAUCAGCCCACAUAUAUUCAUUUCCAUAUUCUUCAGAUGGCUACAAAAAUGUUGUACGAAUUUUGGUACAAUGUGGUGAAGGCACACUAUGGCAAAAGAGCACAGUUGGUGUACACAGACACUAGCAGCUAUAUCUUCACACUCGAGUGUGAAGAUGUCUAUAAUGAGCUAGGAUCGGAACCUCUUAAGUCUUGCAUGGACUUCUCAAAUUUUUCUAAAGAUCACCCACUGUUUGAUGACAGUUUUAAAGGAGUCCCAGGGCGUUUGAAAUCUGUGACAGGUGAAAGACUCAUUUCUGAAGUUGUGGCAUUAAAACCUAAAAUGUUUUCCAUGAUGGUGCAAUCAGAGCAGCAGUCAGACAGAACCAAAGACUUACCAUUUCAUUAUAAAUCAGCACUAACUCAUGAUAAAUUUAAAAAAGACAUAUUCGGUCAAGUCUCUAAUGAUUUUAAUAGUAGAUUAAUACCAAAUGAAGCUGAACAAUACUGCACUUCUGUUGGAUCAAAACUUGGAUUACAUUUGUUUGAUGACAAACGUUAUGUUUUAAGUCCUCAUCAUUCUCUAGCGUUUGGUCACCCAGACAUUUUGGACAAGUAUACACGACCCGUUGAAACCACAGAGACAAUUUAUGUUCAUGUAAAGGAGACUCCUGAUGACAGUGACACUAUACAGACCUUUAAAUAUGAGAAACAGAAAACUUCUCAACCCAGUAAAAUCAAAGGCACCUUUAAAUAUGAGAAAAAAAAGAGGUCUCAAUCGAAGGAAAGCGUAGAGAUCUCUGAUGAUGAGAGACGUAAGAAGUGUAAACGCAUUAAAACCAUGAAAAUAUUUGAUGAUAAAAGACAGGGAAGUUCUCAAUCCAGUAAAAUCAUAGAGGCAAUUGAUGAUGAGACACACAAGAGUUCUCAAUCCAGUAAAAGUAGAGAGACUUUCGAUAAUGAGAUAGGUAGGAAGAGAUCUGGACCCAGCGAAACCAUAGAGACCAUUAAGCAUGAGAGGCAGAUGAGGUCUCAACCCAGGGAAACCGUAGAGACCUCUGAUGAGAGACAGAAGAGAUCUCGGUUCAUUAAAACCAUCGUGACCUUUGGUGGUAAGAUAGAGGAGAGACCUGAACCUAACAAAUUUAUAGAUGAUAAAUUAGAAGCGAGACCUGGACCCAUCGAAACCAUAGCGACCUUUGAUGAUGCUCUAGUGGAGAGAUCCGGACCAAAUGAAACCAUAGAAACCUUUGAUGAUGAGAUAGAGGAGAGAUCUGGACACAACGAAACCAUAGAGACCGUUGAUGCUGCGAUUGAGGAGAGUUCCCGACCAAAUGAAACCCUAGAGACCAUUGAUGAUGAGAUAGAGGAGAGAUCCGGACCAAAUGAAACCAUAGAGACCUUUGAUGAUGACACUGAGGAGGAGACAUCUGCAUUUAACGAAACCAUAGAGACCUUCGAUGGUGAUACAGUAGAGGAAAGGUUUCAACCCAUUAUUGCUCCCUGUAAUACAAGGUCUCAGUGGGAGAGAACUCUUGCCAAAACAGCAUUCAACUGCCUCUUUAAGCCUCGCCAGGAUCUUCCAGGUAGCACACCUCCCUAACUCCCAGCACAUCAUUAUCAUCUCAGAACACCUGUCAUCAAAGGUGAUGUUGAAUGAAAUAUAAUGUAUAAUGAAGUGCCACCACUUGAUUAUACUGGGUCAUCAACAUAAUUAUAGUUAUGUGAAUAAAGAUAACAAAUUUAUAUUUUUGUUCCACAUAAAGGUAAUAAUCCAUAUGAUUAAUUCUUUAUGCAAUAUUUUUAUUCUGUUUAAUAAUUUUGUAUACGUUUAUGUAAUUUUAUGUUUUGUGUCCGUGCAAAAAUUAAACAAUUACUGACAUGUGUUUUUGUGUGUUUAUCUGUAUACAUUGUAUACUUUAUCUAAAAUGCAUAUAAUGUACUGAACACAACAGUGUUGGUACAUAAAGCGCAUGCGUUGUUUUAUAAUCAAAUACGUAUUAGUUAAUAAUAGGGUUUAUUAAAUUAUUUGUGUAAUGUAUACUGUACUGCACUCUCAUUGUUGUUCUCUUUUAUGAUGUGUAAGUUAUUACCCAAAUAAUAUCCGCAUUAUCAUCUCACCUCUAUUGACGUUUUACCUUGUGGUUCUUUGUCUAGGCAGGUGUAGUUGGGAAUAUAAUCCCAAACUCCUAUGCAUCUUUUUGGAUUGCCCUGAUAAUGUGUUGAAACACGAAAACGUUUGGAAGUUUCAUUUUCCUAACACUCAACACAAACUUAUCUCCAAUUGGCCGGUUUAUUGACCUAAGAAAAGUAUUUGAUUCCUUAAAUAACGAUAACGACCUACUUAAACUUCAUCACAUUGGAAUAAGAGGCUUUGCUCUGAGCUAUUUACGAUCGUCUGGCAACAAUAGACACUGUUACAGUCAUCAAUAACAUAGCCUCUCUUGUCCCACUCUCCCAUUAAUCUUGGGAAUACUCCAAGGUAGUAUACUAAGACCUUGUCUGUUUUUGUUAUAAAUUACCUGUCAGUUGCUUCUAAUCUUCUCAGACCUCUACUCUUUGCUGAUGACACAACCUUCAUUUUUUCUAGACCUAACCCACCACCAUAAAAAAUGAUUGAACAACCACAAAUCCCUCAAAUUCUCCAUCACCGAGAGAAAAUCAUUUAUUAAUAUUCAGAGCUAUAAACAAUUUUGACCAGAAAACAUACAUUUCCCCUCGGUGCAAAGCCCUAAACAAGCUACGCACGCGCGCGCGCGCACACACACACACACACACACACACACACACACACACACACACACACACACACACACACACACACACACA